UCGGCCCCUCUAGUCCUCGAACUGCCAAGAGUUGAACGGAGAACCCCGAUAGCCCUAUGGAAAGCGGUCCCACUCUCGAAACGCCAACCUUAAUCCCACAUUAGCGGUGUCGGGCGCAGACGGGACGAGCGACCUACCUCACCCUCUUCACCGACGGAGCGACUUGUUGUGGCGUUGAACGUGGAUGCCAACGCCUAAAUGGUCUACAACGGGAAACCGUCUCGGGGCUGCCGCACGUGCCGGACACGUCGGAUCAAGUGCGACGAAGGCAAACCUACCUGCCAACGCUGUGCAAAGUCAAGACGGGAGUGUGGCGGCUACCGUCCCGAGUUCGAAAUUGUCCAUCGCGACCAGACAAGGUCGACAGUCCGGCGAGUCCAACACCGCGCCGCCGAUCUGCUUCAGUUCCAAUUCCCAGCCCAACACCCGCAGAAUCCAUCGUCAUCAUCAUCAUCAUCAUCAUGUGGCAACCCGGCAUCUGUUCUGAGCGUGCCCGUGGACCAGCGCGCUACAUGCUACUUUGCUUCCAACUUGAUCCUUCUGCCCCAGGUUGACACCGCCGAGGGAGUCUGGGAAUUCCUGGUUCCCCUCGUCGAGUCUGAGCCGCCUGACAGCGCCCUAUCGUGCGCUUUUCGUGCCUGUGCCUACGCUUUGCUAGGAAAUCGAAUGGUGGCCAGCACAGUCAGCCUCGCCAAUAUGUCUCUAAAAGAGCACACUCUCGCACUCGCCAAGACGCACCUAUCCCUCAAAGCCCCAGCCACCGCGACUGCGGAUGCUACACUUGCUUCGGUGCUGCUUCUAUCUCUUUACGAGAAUAUCACAGCAAUCAAAUCACCACAGAUGUUAGCCUGGCGCUCCCACAUUGACGGGGCUGUUGUCAUUGUCAAGACGCGCGGCCGCGCCCAGAUGUGCAGCUCCAAGACGGGCGCCCACCUGUUCAAGGCUGUGCGGCAUUAUCUGAUAUCCCGUACCCUCUCCUCCGGUCUGCCAAUUCCCUGCGGCCCAGACUGGUGGCUGAGCAGAGACGGUACCGAGCCAGAGUCGUUACUCGCCUCCUCCCAGCGCUUCGCCCUCGAAACUGGCGAGCUAUCCGCCCAGGCCUCAUGCCUUCUCGCAAGCACUCCGCACACCACCGAGGGCGUCGAGCUGAUCCUCGAGAUGGCGACAGUAGUGCAAGAUCUAGACCACCAGAUUGCCGGCUGGAUGGCAGCAAUCCCCAGCGAAUACCGCUUUAAGACGAUGUGCUGGGCGACUGAAGACGAUGUCGAGCUAACCAGCAGCGGCGGUGGCGGUCGCUACGAUGAGGCCGAGGUCUUCCCAGGCAGCGUCGAUGUGUACACGGACUUUGUAACGGCCAGCGCGUACAAUAUCGCGCGGGUGUCGCGGCUAGUGCUCGCGUCGCUCCGCAUCCGAUUUGCUGCGUUCAUGUGCGCGCCGGCCGACUAUCGUGCCACUGCCGAGUACGUGGCAUCGCAUCGCGUGUGCGGGCCCGUCAUUGCCGGUAUACUCGCCUCCGUCCCGUACCACCUGGGCUGGCGUACACGCCAGGGCGAGUUGUUCGACAACUCCCCCGAGCGGUCGGGGUUUGCCUGUGGUGUGCCCGAGCCCGCCCGGGCCCUCGCCGGGCUGUUUCUCUACUGGCCGCUCACGUGCGUGAAGAACUUCGACUUAACUUCGGAUGACCAGCGCACGUGGGUGACGGCCAGACUCAAGUUUAUCGAAACGCAGGUGGGGUUAAAGUGCGCCGGUGUGGUCAGAAAGGCCGAAUUCCGAUUCCCAUCAAUGAUGAUCGGCAAUCAGGGUUCAAUGGUGAGCCCCGACCCGAUGAGGAAGUGGAGUCCGGGUCUGCCGAGGAGGAACGAAAAGGGGGAGCUUCCCCAAACCCCAGAGAGUCUCAGCUCCGCCACGCAGAGCCCACAGCCGAAUGAUGCCGACGCGAGGUAAUCUCUGGAAUCGGAUUCACCUGGAGCAGAGGGUCGCCGUCCAACGUCUCAAAGACCCGGAAAUUUCAGGAUCAAAAUACUGAACUACCGAAUCAUGCUCAUCGCCGGUGCAUCUCUAUCUAUCGUGAAAUAGCUAACCAAGAAACUUCUAUGAGCUAUUUCUAGCAAUUAUUUUCAAACCUAAAUCUAUGACGGGAACAAUCCUAUAUAUACUCUCUUCAAGCCCCAUAUUCCAA